AUGGACUUGGCCUACAACCAGCACUCGGACCGCGCCCGGCGCAAGAACCGCUCCUCCACCAACAUCAACCACCUCACGCUCGCCCCGCUCACCGUCAAGCUCCCGCUCACCGACCCAGACUCCAUCGCCGACCUUGCCCGCGGGCCCGUCACCUCGUCCUACCUCGAGGGCAAAUCCGCCCCGACGACGCCGCGCUUUCUCGGCCACGCCGCCGCCACGCCGCGCUCCCGCUCCCAGCACCGGUAUGACGGCGAGCUCAUCACCAAGAGCCGGUCCUCGACCAACCUCCUCAGCACUCGACGGCCGGGCGGCUCCGGCGCCUCUACGCCGCGCAGGCGACGCGCUGCCGGAGCCGUUGACGACCCGACGACGAAUACCCUCACAAGCCGCCACCGCAACGACAGCGACUGGUUGCUGCGCACCGGCGCGCUCAUGAGCGCCGAGGCCCGCGAGUCCAAGGGCCAGGCCUGGCUCGUCUCCCGCCAGAGCUCCACGAGCCUCGCCGGCAUGCGUGGCGGCGCCGACGACACGGGGGACGACGCAUUCUUCGAGCAGGAGCGCCGCCGCGGCAGCACCGACGACGCCUCGUCCCCGGCCGCCAGCCGCCGCACCAGCCGCUUCGCCAGCCGCGCCCACAGCAUGGAUCACCACCACGGCCACUUCCGAAGUAGCAGCGCCGUCCUGACGCCCAUGGACCCCGCCGCCGCCGCCGCUGGUGACUCGUACUUUCCCGCCACCGACGCCAUCUCCGGCCCGGACUUUGUCAACCUCGACCAGAAGCUCGAGGAGCUCGGCGCGCGCAACAACAACAACAACGAAGACGACGAAGACGACGAGCUUGAUGACGAGGCUGCUAUUCGCCGGCUUAUGCGCGAGGGCAAGGCUCUCAAGGGCUCCUGGAUCGCGAGCUUCAUCGGCUGGUCGCUGUUCGAGGAGGACGGCGAGGAGGACGAUGAUGAAGAGGAGGACGAAGACGACGACGAGAAGGACGGCGCGCGCGGCACGCAGACACCGAGACACGUUCAAGGCAUCACAACCUUGCCGUCAGUCAAGCUGACCCCGCCCAAAGAAGGUGAGAGCAGCUGGAGCGACGCCGCUUGGCUGCUUAGUCUUGCAUCCAAGGUUAUCUUCUAG